GUUUCUUCAUAUUUUGACAUUUGAACAUGGCGAGUUUGGCAGAUGUCGGCUGGAAACUCCUGGAAUUCAAGGCCAGGUCCAAACGUUCAGACUUGUGAUUUAGCUGACAGACGAUUGGGAUUAAUUUCACCUUUUGAGAAUGGCCGGCUCGGCUCAGCCUGCCCCCCAGGCCCGGAGGAAAGUUCACCGGCUCGGCUCCAUCUAUGAACCACUCAAACUGUCCAUCCUUCAGCGGGAGGAUGAGCCGCUAUGGGAGAAACUGGAUCGCUACUACAGUGCUGUGAAGGCGACCAUCCUGAACUACCAGAGUCCCACCACGGGCCUCUUCCCCGUCAACACCUGCUCCACCUGUAAGGAGGCCAAAGUCCGGGACUCGCUGUACUGUGCAGCCAGCGCCUGGGCCCUGGCCGUGGCCUACAGGCGUAUCGACGACGACCUGGGUCGGACUCACGAGCUGGAGCACUCCGCCAUCAAGUGCAUGCGCGGCAUCCUGUACUGCUACAUGCGGCAGGCUGAUAAGGUGGAGCAGUUCAAACAAGACCCCAGCCCCUCCAAGUGUCUGCACUCCGUCUUCAACGUGGACACUGGCGACGAGGUGCACGUCUACAGCGACUACCACCACCUGCAGAUCGAUGCUGUGUGUCUCUUCCUGCUCUACCUGGUGGAGAUGAUCUGCUCCGGCCUGCAGAUCAUCUACAACACUGAUGAGGUUUCCUUCAUCCAGAACCUGGUGUUCUGCGUGGAGAGAGCCUACAGGGUGCCGGACUACGGCAUGUGGGAGCGAGGAAGUAAAUACAACAACGGCAGCACAGAGCUGCACUCCAGCUCCGUGGGCCUCGCCAAGUCGGCUCUGGAGGCCAUCAAUGGAUUCAACCUAUUUGGAAACCAGGGCUGCUCCUGGUCGGUGAUAUUCGUGGAUCUGGAUGCUCACAACAGGAACCGGCAGACGCUCUGCUCUCUGCUGCCCCGAGAGUCUCGCUCCCACAACACGGAUGCGGCGCUGCUUCCAACCAUCAGCUACCCCGCCUUCGCCGUGGACGACGACGCCCUCUACAGUCAGACUCUCGACAAGAUCGUCCGGAAGCUGCGCGGCAAGUAUGGAUUCAAGCGCUUCCUCCGGGACGGGUACCGCACGGCCAACGAGGACAAGAACCGCCGCUACUACAAGCCAGCUGAGAUGAAGCUUUUUGAUGGCAUCGAGUGCGAGUUCCCCAUGUUUUUCAUCUACAUGAUGAUUGACGGGAUGUUCAGGGGAAAUAAGGAUCAAGUGAAAGAAUAUGAAGACCUCCUGGAUCCCGUCAUCUUCCACUCGUAUGAAGGACACGCAAUCAUCCCCAAGUACUACUACGUCCCCGCUGACUUCGUGGAGGCGGAGCAGAGCAAGCAUGGCAGCCAGAAGCGUUUCCCCAGCAACUCGGGCCGCGACGGGAAGAUCUUCCUGUGGGGUCAGGCCCUGUACAACAUCGCCAAGCUGCUCGUGGACGAACUGAUCAGCCCGAAGGACAUCGAUCCGAUCCACCGCUACGUUCCUCGACAGGACCAGCGGAACGUCAGCAUGCGCUACUCCAACCAGGGGCCCAUCGAGAACGACGUGGUGAUCCACGUGGCGCUGAUCGCCGAGAGCCAGAGACUGCAGGUGUUUCUGAACACGUAUGGCAUCCAGACGCAGACGCCGCAGCAGGUGGAGCCCAUCCAGAUCUGGCCUCAGAAGGAGCUGGUGAAGGCGUACCGUUUCCUGGCCAUCAAUAAGAAGCUGGGUUUGAGUGGGCGUCCAGAGAGGCCGGUGGGCUGCAUCGGCACCUGCAAGAUUUAUCGUAUCCUGGGAAAGACGGUGGUGUGCUACCCGAUAGUGUUCGAUCUGAGCGACUUCUACUUGUCGCAGGACGUGAUGCUGCUGAUCGAUGACAUUAAGAACGCCCUGCAGUUCAUCAAGCAGUGCUGGAAGAUGCCGGGCCGUCCUCUCUUCCUGGUCCUCAUCCGUGAGGAUAACAUCAAGGGGAGCCGCUUCAACCCCGUGCUGGACAUGCUGGCCUCCUUCAAGAAGGGAAGCAUCGGAGGGGUCAAAGUUCACGUGGACAGACUGCAGACUCUGAUCUCCGGAGCGGUGGUGGAGCAGCUGGACUUCCUCCGUGUCAACGAGGCAGAGAUCCCGGAGUUCAAGAGCUUCGAGGAGCUGGAGCUUCCGAAGCACUCCAAGGUGAAGAGGCAGACGAGCACGCCCAACGCCUCGGACCUGGAGCAGCAGCCGGAGAUCAGCGUGGACGAGUGGCUCAACAGGCCCACGCACGAGAUCAUCCAGAAGUUCCACGACUGCGACUGUCUGGCGAGCCAGGCUCAGCUCGCGAGCAUCCUCCUCCGCAGAGAGGGUCCAGACUUCCUGUCCAGAGACGAGAACCUGCGAGAUGAACUGGAGAGAAUCUACAGACGGGCUGGAAGCAGAAAGCUUUGGCUGGCAGUGCGCAUUGCCGCCGCCAUUCUCGGGAAGUUUGCCGGCUCUAUAGCUCCUCACAUCACCACCAUUCUGGUGCAUGGGAAACAGGUGACCCUGGGAGUGUUCGGCCAUGAGGAGGAGGUGAUCUCCAACCCGCUGUCCCCGGGUGUGAUCCAGGGCAUCAUCUACAGCAAGUGCUGCCUGCCCGGCGGCGAGCGGGAGGCCGUCCUGCAGCAGGAGCUGGUCAUCCACAUCGGUUGGAUCAUCUCCAACAACCCGGAGCUGUUCAGCGGCAUGCUCAAGAUCCGAGUGGGGUGGAUCGUCCAGGCCAUGAAGCACGAGCUGAAGAUCCGUUCAGGAGACAUGGCUCCGCAGGACAUCUACCAGCUGUCCCCCAGCGACAUCAAGCAGCUGCUGCUGGACGUGCUGCAGCCGCAGCAGACCGGCAGGUCCUGGCUCAACAGGCGGCAGAUCGAUGGCGCUCUGAACCGGACCCCUCUGGGCUUCUAUGACCGCGUGUGGCAGAUCCUGGAGAGGACCCCCUUCGGCAUCGUGGUGGCCGGGACCCACCUCCCACAGCAACCCACGCUGUCCGACAUGACCAUGUACGAGAUGAACUUCUCUCUGCUGGUGGAGGACACGCUGAAGAGCAUCGUGCUGCCCGAGUACAGACAGAUCAUCGUGGAGCUCCUCAUGGUGGUGUCCAUCGUGCUGGAGAGGAACCCGGAGCUGGAGUUUGGAGAUAAGGUGGAUCUGGACAGUUUGGUGAAAGAAGCUUUCAACGACUUCCAGAGAGACCGGAGCCGACUGGAAGGAGCAGAGAAGCAGGACACCAUGGAGGUUUUCUACAACACGUCAGCGGUGGGGAAACGAGGAACGUCCAGCUACCUGACCAAGGCCGUGAUGAUCCAGCUGCUGCAGGGCGACAUCAAGCCCUGCAAGGACGACCCCUGCUCCGUCAGCUAGACCCCGCUCCGUCAGCUAGACCCCGCUCCGUCAGCUAGACCCCGCUCCGUCAGCUAGACCCCCGCUCCCUCAGCUAGACCCCGCUCCGUCAGCUAGACCCCGCUCCGUCAGCCAGACCCCGCUCCGUCAGCCAGACCCCUGCUCCGUCAGCUAGAUCCCCGCUCCCUCAGCUAGACCCCCGCUCCCUCAGCUAGACCCCUGCUCCGUCAGCCAGACCCCGCUCCGUCAGCCAGACCCCGCUCCGUCAGCUAGACCCCCGCUCCGUCAGCUGGACCCCCGCUCCGUCAGCUGGACCCCCGCUCCCUCAGCUAGACCCCUGCUCCCUCAGCUAGACCCCUGCCCCGUCAGCCAGACCCCGCUCCGUCAGCUAGACCCCUGCUCCGUCAGUCAGACCCCCACUCCGUCAGCUAGACCCCUGCUCCGUCAGCUGGACCCCCGCUCCCUCAGCUGGACCCCCGCUCCCUCAGCUAGACCCCCGCUCCGUCAGCUGGACCCCCGCUCCCUCAGCUAGACCCCUGCUCCCUCAGCUAGACCCCUGCCCCGUCAGCCAGACCCCGCUCCGUCAGCUAGACCCCUGCUCCGUCAGUCAGACCCCCACUCCGUCAGCUAGACCCCUGCUCCGUCAGCUGGACCCCCGCUCCCUCAGCUGGACCCCCGCUCCCUCAGCUAGACCCCCGCUCCCUCAGCUGGACCCCCGCUCCCUCAGCUAGACCCCGCUCCGUCAGCCAGACCCCGCUCCCUCAGCUAGACCCCCGCUCCCUCAGCUAGACCCCCGCUCCGUCAGCCAGACCCCCGCUCCGUCAGCUAGACCCCUGCUCCGGCACAUCGUCUAACACCAGCCACUCUCACCAUGGAGCUCUGACUAUGACCUUUAACCCCUCUCACUUUCAGUUAUAGUUCAAAGUGACAGUUGGAGGAAUCUGAUCCGACUCUCUUGUUUUAUUUUUCAGUGUAAAUGUAAUAAUCCACGCACUCGGCUAGCUGUUUGUUACCAUCAUGAAGUGACCCACUGAACCCAGAUAACGACAGCAAACAGUCGCGCCUUACAACCACCGUCCGAUACAAACUCAAACCAAACAGCAAGCAGAUCCACAGGCAGCAUGAAUCAGCAGAGGAACUGUCCAUCACUGCAGAAAAGGACUCACAGUUAGGAGGAGAUGCAGCGAACCGCAUGUGAAGCUAACAGAUUAGAAGUUACUGCAUAAAGAAAGUAUGAGAAGUGUUUCCCUGACGUCCGACUGGAUCUGCUGGAAAUCUGUGUAGAAACCAGGUCUUAACGAUUUGUGACGUUUGAAUGAGUCUUCCUGAUAUUUAACGCUUGAUUCAUCUUCCUAUUCGUGCUUCUUGUAAACGUCCAUCAUGCUCAGCGUGCCAUUCAGUGUAGGAGUAUAGAUGUGUGUGCGUGCGUGUGUGUGAGUGUGUGUGUGUUGGGUUUCUCUGAAGAACUCGCCGUCCUCUGCUGCAUGACAAUAGCUCCUGUUUGCCGUCACCAUUGUGAGAGUUUUCCUCUGAAGGCUCCAAACACACAUUUGAGAGGUGUGUGUUUUCACAAUGGCUCUCUGCAUGACAAAGCCGGCUGCUCGUCUCCAGCCCGCCGCCCGCCGCAAACGGCUGUUUUGUUGAGCGCGAGCCACGGAAAUGAUGGCUGCCAUCCCUCGGUAGAAAUGAUAAAAGACUGCUCCAACUCCCGAGAAAGCCUGCCUCACCGAGCGUCACCGCACGGUGUGUGUGUGUGUGUGUGUGUCUUUUGCCCUUGUUGUCAAAAAGAAUUAUUUUUAACUUACAAACUGACUUGGAAAAAUAAAGUUGUGGAAC